UCCCCACAGUUGCCUUCAUGGAGCUGAAGCGCGGACUGAUGUAGAGGAGAGAUGACAUGGUAUCUUUGCGCCAGCUCUGACUACUACAUUUGCGCUCAGCCAUCCAUCGCUCCUCUCCUUCAUCUCCUCCUUGUCCUUCUCUAUCCUCUUCUCCACUUGUUCUGCUGCCAAAACCGCGACCAGGACCUCCUUCAUGCCUGAACGAGGACAUCACCUUCCAAACGGACAUCUCGUUUCCCCUGCUCGCCCCAGUGCUCCUGCGCUUACUUGACGUUAUGACUAAUCUCGGGGAAGCUUAUAUUUGAAGGACCCUGUGUUGGAGUCACUAUGGCAACGGGAGUAGCGGCAUGGCUCCCUUUUGCACGGGCUGCCGCCAUUGGUUGGAUGCCAGUUGCCAACUGCCCCAUGCCCGCCGCACCCAGGGAUCACACUAAGAAACAGGACGAGCUGAUCAUCUUGAACGUCAGUGGGCGCCGCUUCCAGACCUGGAGGACUACGCUGGACCGUUACCCUGACACCCUGCUCGGCAGCACCGAGAAAGAAUUCUUCUAUAAUGAGGAGACAAAGGAGUAUUUCUUCGACCGUGAUCCGGAUGCCUUCCGCAGCGUGCUCAACUUUUAUCGUACAGGUAAGCUCCACUAUCCUCGACAUGAGUGCAUCUCGGCCUACGACGAGGAGCUCGCCUUCUUCGGGAUCAUCCCAGAGAUCAUCGGCGACUGUUGUUAUGAAGAGUACAAGGACCGCAAACGGGAGAACGCUGAGCGCUUCAUGGAUGACCAGGAAGAAAACAAAGAAGGCAAGCUGCCUAAUAUGAACUUUCGCGAAACUAUGUGGAGAGCCUUUGAGAACCCGCAUACCAGCACCAUGGCCCUGGUGUUCUACUACGUCACCGGCUUCUUCAUCGCUGUUUCUGUUAUCACCAAUGUAGUAGAAACUGUCCCUUGUGGCUCGACGCCAAGCCAGAAGGAUGUACCAUGCGGCGAACGCUACACCGUGGCUUUCUUCUGUAUGGACACGGCAUGCGUGAUGAUCUUCACAGUGGAGUACCUGCUUCGUCUUUUUGCCGCGCCUAGCCGCUACCGCUUCAUGCGCUCGGUCAUGAGUAUCAUCGAUGUGGUGGCCAUCUUGCCCUACUACAUUGGCUUGGUCAUGACUGACAAUGAGGAUGUGAGCGGCGCCUUUGUCACAUUGCGUGUCUUCCGUGUUUUCCGCAUCUUCAAGUUCUCGCGCCAUUCGCAAGGCCUUCGCAUCCUGGGAUACACACUUAAGAGCUGUGCCUCUGAGCUCGGCUUCCUCCUGUUCUCCCUCACCAUGGCCAUCAUCAUCUUUGCCACGGUUAUGUUCUACGCUGAGAAGGGAUCAAGCUCGAGCAAGUUCACUAGCAUUCCUGCGUCGUUCUGGUACACCAUCGUCACAAUGACCACGCUUGGCUACGGAGAUAUGGUGCCUAAGACGAUUGCUGGGAAGAUUUUCGGCUCCAUCUGCUCCCUGAGCGGGGUUCUGGUAAUAGCCUUGCCUGUGCCUGUCAUCGUGUCCAACUUUAGCCGAAUCUAUCACCAGAACCAGAGAGCAGACAAGCGGCGUGCUCAGAAGGUACAGAAAACCCGUCUGGCCCGUAUAAGAAUAGCCAAGAAAGGCAGCUCCAACGCUUACCUGCAGAGCAAACGCAAUGGCCGCCUGGACGAGCUUCUGGAUCUUACCGGCUCAGAAGAAGAGGAGCAGCACAUGAAUAAGACCCCAUCGUUAUUGGAGAGCCAACACCACCACCUACUGCACUGCCUGGAGAAAACCACGGCUCAUGAGUUUGUAGAUGAGCAGUUGUACGAGCAGAAUUGUGUGGAAGGAGCGCCUCCGCUGCAGAACUUUCCUUCUCGCAGCCCCUCCAUCUCGAGCAAUGAGGGCUUCACGAGAACCUGCUGCACAUACCGCUCACGCAAAAGACUCGCGCUGCCCAACGCCAGCCUGUCCACCACUCACACGCACACACACACGCAGGACCUGCAAGAGCUUAGUGCCAUCCACAUCCAGUGUGGAGAUCAACUGAGCCUCGGCCCGAGCUGUCGCUCCAGUCUCAACCUAAAGCCCAACGAGCGAGUGCAGAUAAACUGCAGAGGACAGCAGAUCACCAAUGCUAUCAUCAGCCUGCCGUCGCCGAGCUCUUUCAGCACAGACUCCAUCACCACAUCCUCCAUCGCCCCUACCAUCAACACCACCUCCAGCUCCAGCUUCAGCAUCGUGAAGGUCUCGGCCUUGUGACCGAACAGGAGGAACUGCAGGAGAGCAGAGCGAGCAGAGCCAUGCGAGCCUCGAGCGGAACAUAUCUAGUGGACACUCUGUGGAAUUCAUUUUAUUUAAAAAAUGUCAAGGAUAUGGUCGAGGACCGUAGUUAGAAGACGCUGUGUACUGUCGGACGAUGACGUCCAGAUUUCUGGAUCGGUUUCCCAGAUUUUGGUGUUCUUCUGACCUGCUGUGGAAUUUGAAUUUGGAAAGUAGGACUGACAUGUCCAGGUUAAAAGAUGGUUUGGAGAUGCCAAGGCAUUUAGUGUAAAACACGUCUCUUGUCAGUUUGAUUGUGUGCCAUCCACCAAGGUAGGAGCUCAUGCAAAUUCAUGCAGAAAUCUACGUGGUUUCCAUAUUGUGUGACAUUCACAGGUUCUAGACGAAUCUGUUUAGUCAGAAUGUAUGCUUGUGUAAAAUGGGCAAGAUCACACUGUUUUGUUUAGGGUUUUUUGUUUUUGUUUUUGUAUUUUCCACACAGCCAAAUGAAAAGAGAAGCCAGACAUUUUCAACUAUUUUAGAAAAAGAAAAGGAGUUUCAAUGCUCUUCGAUUAGAAAAUAUGGUUUAGACUUUUUACUGGUCUGUCCUCAUGUACUUCUUUCAUUAUAUUUUCUCCUCAGUAAUGUUGACCUCUCUAGCUUUUAUCUCUUUAUUCUUCUCAUAAUUCCUGUUUAGCAUCAUGAAUUAGUCACCACUCGAUAGACUUUGCUCCACAGUAAGUCGUUACGAUCAGUGGUUACGAAUCUUGCAGUAUUCCAUAUUCACGCCAGUAAUAAAGUACAGUAAAGUAAAGUAAAUGGCCCGUUAGAAGCUCAGAGAUCGCCAUUGCCCUGUCUAAUGUGGAUGUCUUUGUCUGUGCAUCGUGACUGUUUAGGUGACUAGUGAUUAGACCGCUUAAGACUAUGGGAGAACCGAAAGGCCUCAAUUCUCAACCUGACAUUUUACUUGAGCCCUUAAACAGGCACAGCAGUAACAUUUGUAAUAAAAAAUGAGGUAGCAAUGUUUUGUUAGUUCAUUUAAAAAAACAAAAAACAAACAAAAAAAACAACUACACUUUGUUUAUUUUGGAUUCUAUAACACUUUACUUGAACCCUCUGUCAUGUUCCUAAGACCGAAAUAAUCCUGUCGUAAGCAUAUCAGAGCGAUAAUAACUGUCAUAACAUUUCAUUUUCAGUUAUAUAAGAAAACAUCACAGCCCAUGUUAUGUGUUCAUUUGGCUGAUCUCUAGUUAAAAUUGCUUAUGUCAUAAGACUGACAUAAUCCUGUCAUAAACACAUCAUGGAUGAUAAUAACUGUCACACCCAUUUAUUUUCCAUUAUCUAACAAUAUAUGAAAACCAAUGUUAUUUAUUAAUGUUGGUUCUUCUCUUAUUAACAUUGCUUUACCUGAACCAUGUAUCAUAAUACUGACAUAACCCUGUCAUAAACACUUCAUGGCUGAUAAUAACUGUCACAACUGUUUAUUUUCAAUGAUAUAACAAUAUAUGACAGCCAAUGUUAUUUAUUAAUGCUGGCUCUUCUCUCAUUAAAAUUGCUUCAUCUGAACUCUGUCAUAAGACUGACAUAACCCUGUCAUAAACACAUCAUGGAUGAUAAUAACUGUCACAACCGUUUAUUUUCAAUUAUAUGACAAUAUAUGACAGCCAAUGUUAUGCAUUUAUGUUGGCUCUUGUCUUGUUAAAAUUGCUUUACCUGAACCAUGUAUCACAAAAUUGACAUAGCCCUGUCAUAAACAUAUUAUAAGAGAUAAAAAAAAAGGUGUCAUAAUGGUUUAUUUUCCGUGAUAUAAUCUUGCCGUAACCAUGUAAUUAGUGAUAAUAACUGUCAUAACAGUUUAUUUCCUGGGAUAUAACAAUAUAUGAAUGCCCAUCUUACACGUUACUUUUGGCUCCUCUAUGAUUAAAGUUACUUUACCUGAACCAUGUCAUAAGACUGACAUAAUCCUGUCAUAAACAUAUUGUGAGAGAUAAUAACUGUCAUAAAAGUUUAUUAUUAAACAUGGGAAUCCCAUGUUAAUUUUGGGUAAUUGCUCUCUAGCUCUCUCAAUUUUCUAUUUUUUUUUUAAUCUGCAUCACAAGACUGACUGUCUUAAUAAUAAUCCUGUCUUAAGCAUAUCAUGUCAGCUAUUGUGUAUUACCACGAGUUGUGGUGACAGUUUAUUUUCUGUGAUAUAAAAACACUUGACAUGUUCAUACAUAGGUAGGUAAUGUGUCUUUGAAGGAUGCCUACACUGGGCGUUCAUAGCACAUUCAUGGUCAUUGCAGAAAUCAUUUACAAAGCAGUAAUAAUAAGAAUAUUAAAUAGUACAGUGGGUAUA